AUGUCAAAGGAGGCCGCAGAACAAGUGUCGCAUUGGGUACAUGAUGCUGAAUCUCUCGUGACAGUUCAGCGCAUUGUUCAGACGUUUGACCUGUCGUGUUAUGCAAUCGUCCGGGUUUCUGGUUUCAACGAAUCACCAAGCAGCGAGGCCAGCACGAUCGAGCUGAAAUCGUCAAAUGAUGACAUCAACGACGUAUCAAGAGCGGAAGUGGCCCAGGUGAUUGUAGGCAGCCUUCUGGAUCCCAACGCUCUGAAUAAGAGUUUCUAUGUAUCCAAAAGAGUCAAGGGGAGCAGUAAGAACAUUGACGAGACCAUGUCCGCCAAGUUCUUGUCUCUUGCUACAGACACGGCAAAGCGAUAG